ACACGUCUUGUACUCUGGUCUGAACGGUUGUGUUUUACGCCUUUUGAUUAUUUACACGUGUUUUUUUGCAAUUAUUUUUUAUCUUGUUUUUUGUAAUUUUACAAAAUGCCGAACAUUUGUGUUAUUUGCAAAAAUAAGGAAGGUCAACACAAAGUAACAUUUCAUCGUUUUCCUAAAGAUGAAAACCUUCCGGUCGAAUUAUUUCCUAGAACAUCAGAAUCAUUACCUGAGUGUUCAAAGAAUUGUUCAACAUCAGAUAUUUCAUCAAGUUGUUCAACACCUUGUUCAGAUUCUGAAACUCAGACAGGACUAGUUUUAUCUCAAAACACACUAAGAAAAAUGAAACUGAAAAAAAGAUUACAGUACACUUCUAUGGAGUGCUUGAAAAACCCUGGACUUUGUGAUGAAGCCAUUCCUGUACGGGUCGGAGGAAUUGAUCUGUACAAUGAUGGAUCAAUAAUUUUAAACGACAGAACUAAUAUCUCCAACAAUAUUGGUACUAGCUGCGGAGAUGGACAUGACGUGCUAUCUUCUAUAAACAGUGAUCAUUGUUACACAACAAUACAAAUACAAGAAAACAAAAUAGCUGAAGUAAAUCAUGACUCAGAUGUUAAUACAAUGAAUGGUCUAAAAAGAGAUGCAGCUUUAUUUAAUGUUGAAUUAACGUCUUCACUAUCUAAAAGAAUAAAGCCUUCACAAACAUGGUGGUAGUGUGGUAUCCCAGUUCCGUCCAGGAUUCCGCCAAAAUCUUAAAUCAACUUAUCACUAAUUACAUUAAUUGUAGGCGUAUGUUUUAUGGUUAUUGGAUGAUUUACAUAUUGUUAUUGUUUUGCUGGUUACCAUUUAUCAUUAUACUGCAGAUUCUGAGCGGGGCGAUGAAUCAUGACUAUUGAUUUUGAUUUUUUUUUUGUCACUUUUGUUGUUCACCUUUUGAAACAGUAAAAUUACUAGUUAGUUAAAUUAUCGAGUAUGUUUGUUUAAAAAAAAUAUCAAUGGCAGUAGAAAU